AUGGGGAACAAGUUGCCUUUGCUUUUCACAAAUCAAGUCCCUCCAUCUGCUAUACUGUUGAAGAAGCCGCAACAGAACAUGGUGAAUUCAUUAGCUAACAGUUCAGCAUCAUGCGGCUCUACCGUUCCGGAGGAGCAACACGCUUGGGUGACCUCACUCGAGGCUAUGAUGGACUUUGCCAUCAGAAUGCUGGGUACAAACUUGAGGCCAAUAUCAACCCCUGCUGGUAAAUGGCAAUUGUAUACCGUGACUGGUGCAGCAAGGACUAUAACGGAUAAGGUAUGUGGAUGUCACAAGAAAGAUUCCCUCCCUUUUGCAAUUUAUGGUUGCCUUUAUAAAAUGAAUACCAAAGUGCGAGUUGUUCCUCUUGUUGGUGACGAUGGCACCAUAUUGGAAGCUAUUAACGUGUGUCACAUGAACACGGCUUCAUGGGACAGCAAUUACCUCCUCUUCCGCCUUAUGAAGGCUAAGCCUGGUACUCCAGUAUGUCAUUUCUUGGCAACUGAUGACAUAGUUUGGAUAACUAAGUGA